AUGCCUGGACGCCUCCAAGGAGUCAUGGCAGCCAAGUCGGUUGCCAAAUCGGCCAGAUCUCCCCCGCGGUUCCAGAACGGGGACGCGAUUGAGAUCAACACGGACGACGAGGACGACGAGAACGACGAUGACGAUGACGAGGACGACGAUGGUGGAAAAGAUAUGGGUGCCGCUUGGGCUGACUCGCCCAAUCUCCUGAGGGCACGCACCCUUGCCAUCUCGACGAAAAGCUCGCUGAAACCAAAAGUUAAGCACUAUAACCUGACAAGAUGUACUGCUUUCGGUAAGACCGACAAUUUCACCCAGAAGCGGGCUAUCACGAACCGGGGAUCGAGCGAGUACCGCAUCAACGACCGCGUCGUCACAGCCCAGCAAUACAACGGGGCACUCGAGGCCUAG